AUGGAUGAUGAUGUGGACGAGACAUGGACUUGCGUUGAUGUCGAUACGACGAUGAUCAAUGAGGAUGACAGUGAUAACGACAACAGUAGCACUGUUGUGGUCUCUCGAGUGUCUUCUCCAUUAUCAAUUCAGUUCCAGGAAGUCAGAGCUGUAUCUCCUCCUCCAAUACAAGUCUCAUGGCCUGUUUCCCUUCCUUGGUUUCAGUUCCAAAAUGUUUACAUCAAGGAUCCGACCAAGAUGAUGUUCCUCCUCAAGGAGUGCAAUAUUAAGGCAAUAGCAAAAGGAGAAAAUACGGCUUACGUGGCUAUGGUGGGUUCAAGGAACUUUGAAUUAAACACCAGUAAUGCAGCUGGCAUCACCCGCGCUGCGGCCGAGAUUGGUAAAUCAAUGCCACAGAGCGUUGCUGGAGAACACUCUGCCACAAUGGAGAUAUUAGCGGGCGGUGGGGAAACGCUCGAAGCUAAGUUGGAAGUCUUUCGUCUUCUAGCUUAUCAACUAUCGAACAACCUGAUAGAGGGUGUCGAGGACGGGGAGGGAGAAGAGAUAGAGAGCAAAUUUGAGAGGAUCGUCCGCAUGUUUAGGGAGGUCAACCUACCACGAAAACUGUGGGUCAAAGUGUUUUCUGAGGAGCACGACCGAACCACUGCCGCGUUCGUUGAAGGUCUCUUCGAAGCUGCAAUCGUUACCUCCUCUUUGGACAUAGCAGAAGCACUGCUGAAAGUUGGUGCUGACCCAGAUCAGCCAAUCCAAGGGGGCAUGAUGGGCACUGUCGAACGCCCGAUUCAAUAUACUGUUGAUACAGGAGCUCGUUGCGUUGAGAUGGCUGGGCUCUUGGUCAAAGCCGGGGCUGACGUCGAUGGUGUUACGGAGGAUAACGAAGCUUCAGCCCUGCAUAUAACUGCGAAACGUGGAACCCUGAAGAUGGCUAAACUUCUUGUUGAAAAUGGGGCGGAUAUUCGCCGAUGGGUUCCACCCCAGUAUUGUAAUGAUCCCGUCUCAGGCUUCACACCUCUCACAUUCGCUGCCGGUCGCUCCAAGCACAUGGACCGGACAUCGCAUGACGAAAUCGCAGAGCCUGCGGACGAAGGCGUAGCGAUCGUGACAGCUGAGAGUGAGGGUCUUCGGAUUCUACGAUAUCUUCUGUCUCUCCAUGAUUGCAGAAAGGAUCGUGAUAUCUUACAAGAUGCGUUAACAGUUGCUGCACACCAGGGAAGAGCUGAUAUGGUUGAGCUUCUUCUCGCUGCCGGCGCCCGUGUGAACGAAGAGAACAGCUCAGGGUUCACUGCUCUCCAGACCGCUGUCUGGCAAAAUUACUCCACCCUCAAAAUCGCGUCGAUGUUUCUUAAACUUGGUGCUGAUCCGAAUUGUGGGAGCAAACUUUCUGCAUUGCACAUGGCUGCUGCUAAAUGUGAUUCACGCUUUGUAGAACUCCUUGUAGAUAAUGGCGCCAACAUCAAUUCCCAUAUUACUCUUGUGCCAGAGGAAGACGGUCCGAUUCUGGGACUGCAUUUUCGCGACAGAAGGCAGACUGAUCUCAAUAAAAUCAUAGCUCAUCUUCACACACCACUUCAACUAGCCCUUCACAAACUCCCAAAAACGCUCUGCCCUCCAACAAAAUCGGAUACAGGUGCCAUGAUUCUGUUGAAUGCAGGCGCUAACUUCAUAGGUGGGGAACUCGUUCAAGCGGUCGACUUUAAUAACGAGACUCUAGUACAGGCAAUAUUAGACCGAGGGAUCGACAUAAAUGAGAAGAGCUGGAAAGGCUGCACAGCUCUUCAAGUUUGCCUCGACUCUGGAUAUGGCAAUCUGGCGGCAUACCUGCUCCGCAACGGUGCUAGGUUACAGGGCGGCGAACUUUUCUCCGCAUUCAAGACAGGACAGCAGGGACUAGUCAACGUUCUUCUUGCCAAUGGGGCCAGUCUCCAAGACACAGGUCCCAAUGGAGAAUCAAUUUUAGAAGCUUCGUGCUUGGGCCAAAAAUGGCAGCAGAUGUUUUGGUCAAUUAAGCACGGUCCGACGCGAUAUGAUUCAGCGGCACUUUGUGCUGCAGUUUGCAACUUUAAAGCAGGAAGUUCCAUCACUCCCAUCAGAAACCUCCUGCGUCAAAGGAAGUUCGGGAAGGUGGACCGCUUAUUCGAAGGCACUGCAGUCGGUUGUGCGGCAUACAGGGCAAGCUGGCCAGUCUUGAGCUGCCUCCUCGACCUCGAGGAGUUGAAUACCUGCAUUGUGCCCCUGCGGGGAUAUUACGGUUAUACAAACUUGAUUCUUCAUUACCAUUAUUUGCUAGGUCAAAAUUACAAAAACCAGUUCUGGCAUGACUCCUCCAUGAUCCGUUGUUCCGCCUUAGUGCCCGCGAUCAUGAGGGGAAACUGGGAAAUUGUGCAAUCCCUGCUGGACGCGAGAUACCGUCCUGACGGCCUCUCCUUGCUCGUCGCAAUCGAGAAAUGUACGGAAUUAGAAAUCUCUAAGCUCAUUUCCAAUGGAGCUGAUGUGAACGCCCGCGUUCAUCGCGAUCUUGAUACCCCACUUCAACUUGCUUCCCGCCGUAAGCGAGUCGAACUUGUGCGGUUAUUUCUAGACCAUGGUGCAGAUGUAAAUGCCCUAGCAGCUAUUGGUGUGCCAACUCUUGACCACUGGGGUGAAGGACCUAAUGAACUCCCACCACGAUCGGCACUUCAGGCUGCUGUUGAACAUGGACAUCUGGAACUCAUCGAAAUGCUCCUCGCGGCAGGGGCAGAUGUGAAUGGCCAGUUGUCGCCGGAUGCUGGCGCGACGGCACUGCAGCUUGCAGCUGCAAAGGGAUAUCUUGGCAUAGCGAAACAGCUUCUAGAAAGAGGGGCACAAAUCGAUGCUGCUCGGGCAGGAACAAAAGGUCGGACAGCACUAGAAGCAGCAGCGGAACACGGACGGCUAGACAUGGUGCAGUUUUUGCUGGAGAAUGGAGCGAAGACCGAAGGGGACGGUGCCUGGCAAUAUCACAGGGCCAUUGGAUUUGCAUCUAGGAACGGCCAUCUGACCAUUGCACGACUUCUUGAAGAUUGGAGAGAUUGGACACCAAAUGAUUACGAACGUGGCAGUUUUGAUGAUCUGUUAGAUGACGAGUUUGAGGAUAGGUAUUAUGAUAGGAUGUUGAGAGACGACGAUAGCGAUCUGGAUACAGGGGGCGAAGAAGAUUUCUACUGGCGCAGCUGA